CUCAUUUUUAAAUAUGGAGUGGACGCUUAAAGAAGACCGUGUUGCAGUUAUUGCGUUGCAUCGUUGCGGUUACGCGCCAAUUCAAAUUUUUAACAUACUGAAAAAUUUGAAUAUAACCAAAAGAUUCGUUUAUCGUACCAUCAAACGAUACAAUGGAGACUCUAGUGUAGAUGACAGGUCAAGAAGUGGUCGCCCUCGGUCUGUUAGGACUCCAGCAGUGAUAAAAGCUGUGGAGGCGCGAAUUCAAAGAAAUCCCAAACGUAAGCAGAAACUGUUGGCCCUUCAGAUGGGGUUAAGCAGAACCACGGUGAAAAGGGUGUUAAAUGAAGACUUAGGGCUUCGGGCAUAUCGAAGAAAAACAGGACAUCGUUUGAAUGCUCGUCUAAUGGACCUGAGACUGAAGAGAUGCCGCGCUGUGUGGAAGCGGUACGCGGGAAAAAAAUAUCGGGAAAUUCUUUUUUCGGAUGAAAAUUUUUUUACCGUAGAAGAGAGCUACAACAAACAAAAUGAUAAGGUGUACGCACACAGUAGUGAAGAAGCGAGCAACCGUAUUCCGCGUGUCCAACGAGGUCAUUUUCCAUCCUCGCUCAUGGUAUGGUUGGGAGUUUCUUAUUGGGCUUAACAGAGGUACAUUUUUGUGAGAAAGGUGUAAAAACGAAUGCAGUUGUGUAAUAAAAUACAGUCCUGACGAACCUUGUGGAACCUGUUUCUCAUACCAUGUUCAAUAACAGGCACUGGGUAUUCCAACAAGAUUCGGCGCCAGCUCAUAGAGCGAAGAGCACACAAGACUGACUGGCGGCGCGUGAAAUCGACUUCAUCCGGCACGAAGACUGGCCCUCCUCCAGUCCAGAUUUGAAUCCGUUAGAUUACAAGAUAUGGCAACACUUGGAGGAAAAGGCGUGCUCAAAGCCUUAUCCCAAUUUGGAGUCACUCAAGACAUCCUUGAUUAAGGCAGCCGCCGAUAUUGACAUGGACCUCGUUCGUGCUGCGAUAGACUACUGGCCGCGCAGAUUGAAGGCCUGUAUUCAAAAUCACGGAGGUCAUUUUGAAUAAACUUUAGUGUCAUAAGAAUCUAUGUUUUGUUAAGUUCAUUUUGGUAUUUUUUUUUGACGAAGCAUGUUGCUGAUAACUUUAUUUCUGUAAUCUGACGAAGCAUGUUGCGGAUAAUAACAUGUACUUUUAGGUUAGGAAUAUUGUGUUCUUUUUUUUAUAAUAAAAUUAAAAAUAAACAAGAUUUUGGUAUAUGAAUGGUUACAUAAUGAAUAAACUUGUUUCAAUUAUUUUACAUUAAACAUGUGACAGAAUUUAUGACCUGACUAGGUGUAUAGAUAGAUGUUAUUCCUUCACCAUGGAAGUCAAUCGUGAACAUUUGUGAUGUAUGAAUAAUUCGCAGAGGUGUUUAUUAUUUUUGAUGUUCGUUAAAGCGAUUUUAUUUAUUUUGUUAGAACCGUUAUAAAUUCCAAACGUUUUUUGAUUCAACAAAAAGUCCAGUUGAUAUUCGGCGGAUAAAAAACAAGGAAAACAUGAAUAGCCAUGUGCCGUGCAGUAAUAAAAUUCUUGUCAAAAUGGCCGAAACAGGAUUUGUGCAAUAACAAAUGAAGUUUUCUAUCAUUGAUAUUGUCGGCAUUAAAACAACACCCAGACUUCCCCGGACACUCAGUUUCUCGAUCGACCGACUACAGCGCAGUCGCAAAGAAAAUAUUUUUAUUUAAAAAUGCUAAUUUUUUUUCGUAUUUUCGUAGUUUUUGUUGGAUAUGCUUUAUGUGAAAUUAAUGUUUAUGAAGACAAUUCUGUGGAAUAUGGUUCUAGUGUUGAACAUAAUCAAGACAUUGAUUACGAUUCAGAAUAUAAUUCUACGGGAUUAAAUUUUAUGGAAAUUUUCGAUUACAAUUUUAUUGAAGGAAACGUCGAGUUAAAAUAUGCGUGGACUAAUUGCUAUUUUGAUAUUGGCGGUGUAAAAUAUUAUGGCAAUAGUGACGUAGCAUUCAAAGAAGGCAGUAUUCAUUUUGUUGAAGAAGAACUGACUGAAGAAGAGAAAUUUUAUAUUAAAAAUAAUAACAGACCAUUCGCGAUUGAUGGCGGUUACAUUGGACUUGGAUAUUUCAUUACAAUCCCAAGGACAAAACCUGGAAUACCAUCAACCAUUAAUGUCAUAGGUCGUGAUAAAGAAAUAUUCGUUAGUCCGGAUUUUAAACCAUUCGAUAACAAGCAAGUCGACAAAUUAGUUUCAGUUUAUAAAACCUUCUACGAUUUUUGUCAGAGACUAUGGAUGGUCGAUACCGGAUUGAUUGAUAUACCAGGUGCACGAAAACAAGUGAAACACCCUUCACUAGCAGCUUAUAGACGGGGCACUGAUCACUUGAUAUUCAGUUUUGACAUAAGCCCUGCAGUGCUGAUCAACGGUACAGCUACUGAAGGUCUAAUGAUAUUAGGCGUAGACACUAGUCGAGGUAAAUGUAAUGACACAUUCGUUUAUAUAACGGAUCAAGCUACAGACGGAAUAAUAGUAUUUUCAUUAGAAGACACUGCCUUCACACGGCUCAAUGUUACUGAUUUAAAUCACUUCCCGACGGAUUCGCAUCACUUUGAGUUCCCGCGAGUGCCAAUAAACUUUAUAAAAUACACAUUGGCAUCGAAUUUAACGACUGGAAGAGAACGUUUGAAGUCAUUUACUGAUAUCAUGAUGUCUACUCGUGGAUCUGAGGCUGCGAACUUAUGGGAAAGCGAACUGGAAAAUCUUGAUAUCGAUCUUUUUGAGAAACGAAAAUUUUUGUUCUCUCUCAGCAUGAUUACCAAUAACCUAAUAUUUAUUAACAAAGCGAGAGACGGUGUACUAUGCUGGAAUCUGGACACUGAAAUGAUACCUGAGAACGUCCAUGAAGUAGCAAAGCUAAAUAUCACUUCAUCGCUUUACAUCUCUGAUGUCCUAGUCGUUGGAUAUAGAUUGAACAUUUUGCUUAACAGAAAGUUAAGCUCAUCACAAUAUCAGGAUCCCGACGAAUGGAACUAUUACCUGUACUCGAUGGAUUUUGAUAGUGCGAUUGAAGAUACAGCGUGCUUCUUGAAGAAGGACUAUUUUAAUUUAUAUCGUAGAUACUAUGUUUAGGCAAAUAAAAUAUCACUGUAAAAAUCGUAUAUUUUAUAAUAGAACUGUAUAAUGAUUAAAUGUUUAUAAUUAUAAA